AUGGCAUCACCAAUGUCCCCAGAUCGGGAUAAGCCAUUGCCAUUCAUCCCAAGAUUCGACAGAUCGACUUCAAAAUCACGGCCUGGAUGGGACGAAGAGAAGUGCAAACGAUAUAUUAUCAGAAAUUUCAGCUGGGUUCCCCGGAACUUUGAGUAUGAUGAUGGCUUGAAAUUGAUACAUGCUGACCUCGAAACCGCUUUUGGAGAUGAGAAUGGGGACCUCUCUUUCGGCGUUCUAGAGGAACUUAUCGAGGUUGAAGGUAUUCUUCCAUUUCCUGAGUCUCUUUUCCAGCGUUGGAAGCACCAGCAUCGACACCGUUUUGACGACUUGCAACUCCCACACGUGCCACACACCCGAACGAUUCAAGGUCCAAUCAUACCAACUGAGAAGCUUCAGAAAUCUCGUUCGCAAAGCAUUGGUAUGCGGGGAAGGAAUCGUUCGGGCUCGCUCCCCUGUCCUGAAUACGCUGGCCUCACGGACUAUAUCAUUGAUCACGCCUGGUUUGUUUCAACAAGAAGUCGAAUUAGGAUUUGGAGAUUACAAACGCCGUCAGAAUAUCGAGAAAAGCUCUUGGAUCCGAAAUUUGGACGAGGCGGUAUUCUUCUCGGCGCAAAGUUCUGCCCUCAUGCGAAGCACAAGCACGAGGUGGCGCAAGAGCCAGUAAAGCGUGAGAAUGUGCUUUGUUCAGAUUGCAUCUUCGACAUUUUCAGAAAGUUUGGUAGAAAGCAUGCGGCCCUAUCUGACACCAUUGCAAGUUCUCCUGCGGAGCUGCUGGAGCAGCAGGGUCUGGAGAAGAACUUUGGGAGAUUGAUGAAGAAGAUGCUCCAAAAUGAGCCAAUCUCCACAUUCGAUUUCGAAGAGCACCUACAGAAGAUGCAUUGGCCUGAAGAGAUCGGAAUACCCAAUGCAAACUUUGCGAGGAAGUUUGAUUUGGUUCCGAGAGGCGAGGCUCUACCGAUGGGUAUUUACGAGGGCCCCCGUCAAAGCAGUGUGGACGAGGAGGAUGUCCGGAUACUAAGACAGCUAUGGCAGCUUGCCCGCGAGAAAUGCGAAUCUCAGAAGGUUGAGAGCGAACUUGGGGACAAUAGCAGUAUGGCCCAUCAAAAACUUUUUGAGCAUUACCUUUCACGUUACAUCUCUCCUCUGCACCCAAUGCUGUUCUAUGAUAGCGGAUUGGAGUUCAACUGGAAGAACGACCCUGAGCCGGAAGGACAAUUUACCAAGAACUCACAACAGACCGAAAAACCGCUGGAAGAUCCUCGACUGAGAAGUAAUUCGGAGCCUGGAAAGACCGGUCACGUAGACAAGGAUAAAUUUCAUAUCUUAGAGCCCAAAGUCUGCAAAGCCCCAUGCCGGGGAAAAUACCGUAUGGCGAGCCGAAAAGAUCGCGGAGCGAACCCGAGUUCCCACGCGCUUCUCAAAACCGCACCACCAGCAAUUUACGCAUCCCCAACCGCGAGAAGAAAUUCUGCCAACUCUACUCGCCCUGUGCUUCCGACCCAACCCAAGUCACAAUCUAUGGCAUUCGACGACGACAGCGAGGACUUUCGCACGUUCGAUAAGCUGUUCACCAGCUCCGGCGUGACGAAUCAAGCAUCGAGUCACGACAAUAGCACUCGCAACAAUAGGAAGCGCUCGUCUACCGAUUUGGGCCGGAUGUACUCCACUGACCACGCUCAAAAUUCUGCUCGUCCGCCAAUUCAGACACGUACCCAACAACCGCAAAUUCGCAAACCUUCGAGCCAUCAAGUCCUGAGCAGCAGCGUCGCAUCGAGCACCCCAGUCUACCCACCGCGCAGAGAUAGCGUCCGCGCCUUCCAAGAGUCGAGCGCGUCUCCCACCCGUCAGUACACUCAUCGGCGCAAGAACAGCGACACCCCCUCUGCCUUCCGGUCUACGACGUCGACUUACAGAAGUGAUCCUCGUCCCAACGCGUCUCCACCUCUGAACACCGCGCGGUCGACUGGCUCGAGUCAGAACGCUCAGUACCUUUCCGAGUCAUCAGGAAUCAUCGGAAACUUCGUGCCAAUCGGUGCUGAAGACAUGGCGAGUUCCCACCCUGUCUCGACCGGCAGCAAGGCCUCCGCCCACUCGCAAGUUUUUCCCCAAAAGAAAACCGACCUCGUCACUAACCUCUCCAUCAGAUACAACAACCCCACCAAGAUUCCACGUCCAAACCCAUACCAGUUCGAGCCGGAUACGCCUGAGCCGUACAACCAGCAGCGCCAGACCCAAUUUACGGAUUUCAUGGACGGUUAUGCCGCACCUACUAUACCUGCGCCUGGCCCAAGUCCUCGAGGCCAUAUCAAGAACUCUCGAUCCGAGGGGAACGACCUGUUUGUCCUUCGAGAGAACGAGCCACUGAUGCCACCCAAGCCAAGCUACACACUUCACCGAAGCGAGUCCUCUCCAAGCCUGAACGCCUCUCUAUUUGAGGCUCAUCGUUACAGAGGCCCCAGCCCAGAUAUUCCUGAUUACUACCGCGGAGAUAUGGCUCGUACUGCUUAUGCUCUACGCGGUCGAUCUCCUUCUCCUUCUCGUGAUAAUCGCACGUAUGAAGAAGCUCAUGUAGACUACCCACGUUCCCAGACGUACACUACAAACUCACGAACACAGCCUCCUUUCCGACGUGAGAGGGAGUCAAAUGAGUCAAAUGACGGCAACCACUAUUCUUCUGUCUCCGGCCGCCGAUCUCCUACCCGUCGUGAAAGCGAGUCCAAUGAUGGUAACAACUACUCUUCGGUAUCCGGCCGCCAAUCUCCCGUUCGUCAUGAAAGCAACACAAAAGACUGUUACCAUCACUCAUCAGCAUCCAACCGCCACUCACCUCUUCGAAAUGAAGCUACCUCCGGCCCUCAUGCGUCGGCUUCAGGUCGCCAUUCCGGCAAGACUCCAUCAAAGGCUCUCCACGAUGUUGUCGAACGUGAUGAGCCUGCUGUCUUCUCACCAGAGACACCUUCGAGAUCCCGCUCCGAAUCGCCAUCAAAAUCGCCCAAGAAGCGUUCGCGUUCGCCCAUGAAGAAGAUGUUCGGUGAAAAUGGUUGGUUGGGCAGAUCCCCUGAUGAGAUUGCAGAUGUCAAGCGUCAAGUCAAAAAAGCUGCCGCGGAGCACAAGGAUAAGCCAAGCAUGAUGGGAAAGCUCAGACAUAAGUUAGGGGAGUUUGCCGAGAAGGCAGAUAUCAGUCCAAGCAGUAGAGGCAUUUGGGCCAGCAACGAUAAGAACCCAAAGAUGUCCAUCCUCUCCGUCUCUCUCGGACCCCCAGAACAAGCUAGGCUACUGAUGGAGGUGGAGCUUAUGAUUGUCCACACGGCAAACACCUUCCUCAUGUCCCAGUUCAGUCAAGGUCGCAUUGCAGUGGAUUCGAUCAAGAAGACCGUCGACACAUGGAAGAGUCGAGGCCGUCAUGUCGUGAUUGAAUUCAUGUACGAUCAGGCGACUCAGCGCGACUUGGUUGCAGCUAACCAGCACAAUUUCCGUUUCUUCGGCGAGCGAGCUGGCAGCGAAGUCCGAACCAACUCAAUGCUGUACAACUGGAAGCAGGUUGCUAGUUUGAUGGCCAUCCGCACCUUCUGCGAUGCCGACACCGUCAUUCUGAAGCUGUUGUUCGACGUCGAGCAGAUUCUUGAGCUCCUUGGUGGUGCCGAGUCCAUUAUGCUCAGACUUCAGCAGAUCAGAGCCAAUUCCAACGAGAUGAUGAGACUUGCUAGGCAGAGAAAGGAUGCGAGAAAGAGUGCUCAGGGUCAUAGCUCAGUUCCAGCUACUCCAGGUCGGGCUGCAACUUGGCUUAGCCAUUCUUCCAAAGGCACGUCAUCCCGAGGCCCUUCCACUGACGCAGACCCAUACGGUGGUAUGCGACUUGUACCCGACUGCUACAAGGAACCUAAUGAGACGAAAUCGCGAUAA